ACAAAAUCUUCAGAUGGAGCAGCUAAUCGCUGAAAUUCGCAGACUCUUCAGUGAUGACCGUGUGAACAUUGAGGAUGUGGAGAAAUCUCUGCUUUCAUACAAAAGUAACCCAAGAGACUGGAGAGAUUUUGCACAUUUCGAUGAAAGAAACUAUACUCGUAAUCUUGUGGACACUGGUAAUGGAAAAUAUAACAUGAUUGUUCUCUGUUGGGGACCAGGAAUGUGUACAAACAUUCAUGACCAUUCUGGUUCGCAUUGUUUUGUGAAAAUGCUUGAAGGCGAACUAAAAGAGACAAGGUUUGCCUUUCCUGAAGAAGAAGGUACUAUAGGGCCGCUGGCAAAAACUGGAGAAUCGACAAUGUCACUGAAUGAAGUCAGCUAUAUGAGUGAUCAACUCGGACUGCAUCGCAUGGAAAACCCUAGCCACUCGGAAAAUGCUGUGAGCCUACAUGUAUAUUCACCGGCUUACGAUAAAUGCUACCUAUUCGACCAGAGAACGAGUCAACGACAUGUCUCCAAUGUGACAUUCUGGUCUCGUUAUGGUAAGCUGUCAGAUUCCAUCGACAUGCCGUUCGAUCGCAUUCAAACCAGUUCAAGACGAGGAUAA